AUGCGGCAUAAAUUAAGAAGAGCUCAGGAAGUUUUUGCAGCAGUGGCGGAUUCCUUUACAACUCGAAAACUCCUAUAUAAUUCAAUGAUCGAUGCAUGUAUUAAAUGUGCUAAACCAGAAGAGGCAUACUUGUUAUACAGAGACGAAGCUGAGAAAGGGCAUGAUUUGGGUGCUGUUGCCAUCAGCAUGCUAGUGAAUGUUUUGACCAAUUGUGGUAAGAAUGACAACUCCAAAAAAGUAAUUUUGUUCCCGUAA